AUGCCUUCCCUCAAACAGAGCAAACUCGCCUUCAUUGGCGGCGGCAACAUGGCCUUCGCCAUGAUCAGUGGCAUCAUCACCCAGGGCGUUCCUAGACAGAAUAUCUGCAUCGCCGAGCCCUACGAGGUCAACCGCAACAAGAUAGCCGUUUUGGGCGUGCAUACCACCUCCUCCAACAUUGAAGCGGGUAGCAACGCCGACCUAGUCAUCAUUGCCGUUAAACCCCAGGUCGCUAAGGUCGUCUGCGAGGAACUGAGUGCCGCAUGGUCGCAGCGUGAGACUCUCCCGACUGUCAUAAGUAUCGCCGCCGGAAUUACAUUAGAGAGCUUAAAGGUGUGGCUGCGCACAAGUGACCGUCGCACGGCGCAUGCCGUUCGGGUUAUGCCGAAUACUCCUGCGCUGUUAGGGCAGGGUGCCUCUGGUGUAUUCGCCAGUGCCGAUGUGACAGCGCAGGAGAAGGAGUUGGUGAAUACAUUGCUGGGGAGUGUUAGCCAAGAAACGGAGUGGGUAGAUAAGGAGGAAUUGCUCGAUGUGGUGACUGGGCUGUCUGGAUCCGGUCCUGCUUACUUCUUUGCCAUGGUCGAACAUCUGAUCGCCAGUGCCACCGCUCUAGGUCUGCAGCAGGAGCAGGCCACUCGACUGGCUACUCAGACAUGUUUGGGUGCUGGUAAGAUGCUCGUCGCAUCAUCUUAUAGUCCGACCCAGCUGCGCGAGAAUGUCACCAGCCCUAAUGGAACCACGCAUGCCGCUCUGCAGACAUUUGAGGCGCUGGGAUUCAAACAUAUAGUGGAAAAGGCAGUGACGGCCGCGACGAACCGUGCAGCGGAAAUAGGCAAUACACUUGGGAGGCUAUAG